AAUUUCCUCUUAAUGAAGAAGCUAGUUCCUUGUUUGUCUCCCUCGGUCCAGCUCUGCUUCAAUCGACGAUAAAACAACUAAAUUGAGAGGAAAUCAGAGAAAACUCUUCUCUAAUUUAGUUAAAGGAAGAAAAAAUGGUAAUCCGAAAUGAACCUCGGAGAUUGCUUCUUCUUCUCGUAAAUCUUCUCUUGACGAUUCAACUCCGAGUUAACUCAGUCACUGGUCUCUGCGAACUCAGCUUCGUUGAACGCAACAAGCUCUACAACUUUAGCUUGGCUUCUCCUCUGCCUAGAUUCCCUCAUGGCGUCCUCAGCGAAGAUGGGUUUUAUAAGGUGGUGAUGAAUGAGAGUGUGCUCUGGUUUCAGCUUUGCGAUGGAAUGCUUUUUAACCAUGAUCCACCUAGAUGUGUUGAGUGCUUGGACUGUGGAGGCCCAUCACGCUGUGGAAUGGAAUGUAGUGCACUAGUGGCUAAAAAUGCUCUCGGUUACCAAGUAUGCACUACUAUUGGACAUGUCUCAAGUACAAACGUUAGCGUCAUUGAUGAGCAGAAUCCUUACAAGGGUGUCAUUGUUAGAAUGUCAAGCAGUGGCAAAGGGCGAAAUUGUUCACUCUCUGUAUCAAUCAUUUGUGAUUCAACUGGAGUUCAAGGGCCAAAUUCAAUGGAGAAACUGGGGACUUGUGAUUAUGCCACAGUGCUGCGGCAUCCUUCUGGUUGUGCAACAAUCAUAUCUUUUCAUGAGAAAGGAUUUGGCUGGUUCUGUACCUUAAUGACCAUUAUCUUAUGCCUCUUUGGAGCCUAUCUGCUUGCUGGGACAGUUUAUCGAUUUUUUUUCCUCGGAGUUCGUGGUGUAGAAGUAAUUCCAAACUUGGAAAUCUGGGCCAGCUUACAGCAUAGAACACAGAGUUUUUUCUCCUCUUUAGUGCGGAAGUUUAGUGGACCUUCAGCCGGUCAUAGAAGCUCCUAUUCUCGAGUCAAUUUUUGAGCAGUUGCAAUUUUGUUCAGAUGAUAGGAAGUACACCAGUUUUGAGACAUCUUGGUCAUGAGCCUUCGGCAAGCAAGUGCAAACGAUCGUGCCGGAGAGUGGUUUCUGAUCUGUUAUGGCAUGAAGUCUUGGAAAAUAGAUUUGCAGAAUCAAAUCCGAACUACCACGCUUGUUUGCAAUGAUUGUUUCAUUGUUCCUCUUCUUUCUCUUUUGCAAAUGAUUAUUUCAUCAAUGUUAAACCUUUCUCAUGUCAAAUGAAGAAGUCAGUGACAUUCAAUUGAUUGUAAUAUCUUUAGUACAAUUCUUCAUUCCUUUAUUGACAUUCUUGUAGUACACAAUAUUAUUGAAGAGUCAACAAAAAAAGAUAAUGGAUGUUAUUAAGAGGA